AUGCAGGUCCGGCACAGAAACACAGUAGAGCGCCUCGACAGGCCGAGCGCAUACUACCACAACCGGGUGAGCAACAGCUACAGCUUCCCUCCAGCCUUCUGUCUUUCCAACAGUUCAAGCAAGGAAACAAGCAAACUCUCAAAGCAGCCAGCAGCUAAUCUGAGAAAACCCUCACAGAACAAGCGCAGGAGAAACGACAACCGCGACGCCGCCCGCGAAGCCCGCGACGCCGAAGACGAGGCCGCCACCAAGAACGAACCCCUCCCCGAGGACCCCCUCGCCAACGCGACGACGCUCUACGUCGGCAACCUCUCCUUCUACACCACCGAGGAGCAGGUCUACGAGCUGUUCUCAAAGUGCGGCGAGAUCAAGCGCCUCGUCAUGGGCCUCGACCGCUUCAAUAAGACCCCCUGCGGCUUCUGCUUCGUCGAGUACUACACCCACCAGGACGCCCUGGACUGCAUGAAGUAUAUCGGCGGCACCAAGCUCGACGAGCGCGUCAUCCGCACCGACCUCGACCCGGGCUUUGAGGAGGGUAGACAGUACGGUCGUGGCAAGAGCGGUGGGCAGGUGCGUGACGAGUACCGCGAGGACUUCGACGAGGGACGUGGUGGGCUUGGUAGGGCGAUUCAGAUGCAGAGGGAUCGGGACGAUCGGAUGGGCGAGUAUGAGGAGUCGCGAUGA